AUGACAUCCGUAGACGAGAUCUUUCGGACACACAACGUCGGUGCCAAACGGAAACUCGAGGACCCUACCACUACGUUCGCCCCGUCUGUCUCCAACAAAUCUACCAAGAUCACCAAUGGCUCCUCUCCGCGCAGCCUGAAUAUUGACGCCCUUGAAUCCAAUGGCUCCGGAGGCAAGUCUUCUCUUGCGCAAGACGAAACACUAGGUGAUCAGAACAAUGUCGAAGCCGGGCCGUCAUUGCCGCCAGAAGAAGUCGAGGACGAGCCGGGCGACGAUGCCGAAGGUCGAUUCUUUGGCGGCGGUGUCACGAAGCAAGAGCGCGAAGUGAUAGAUUACAUCGACAAGAACGAGGACGGCGAUGCAGACGAGAAGUUUGACGCCGCCUGGCUGCGCCGCACUGCGAUCAACUUCGAGCGAAAGAUCAAUAAGAACGCCGAACUGCGUGCCAAAUAUGAAGGCGAUCCUUUGAAAUUCGUCGGCAGCGAGGCAGAUCUCGACGCCGAAAUCAAAGGCCUAAGCGUACUCAGUGAGCAUGGCGAGUUAUACGGCGAAUUUGUCAAGAUGGGCUGCCUUGGCAGCCUUGUUGGUCUGCUCGCGCACGACAACACUGAUAUUGCCAUCGCUGUUUGCGAGCUACUGGCGGAGUUGACGGACGAGGAUGCUGCGACCACCGAAGAACAAUGGAAGAUAUUGGUGCAGGCGAUGCUCCAGAAUGACCUCGUGGAUCUUCUCUCCAGCAACCUUACUCGACUCGACGAGGGAAACAACGAAACUGAUAGGGCGGGCGUCUACCAUAUCUUGAAUGUUUUGGAGAAUAUUCUUUCCGACACUGAGAACCAAGAAGCCGUCGGGGCUAAUCCCAAUAUGAUGCAGUGGCUACUCACCAGGAUCAAGCAAAUCGAUCCUUACGCCCGAGGUAAAGUCGGACAAAAUCGACAGUAUGCAGCAGAAAUCCUUGCCAUUCUUCUUCAAGCCAACCGGCCGAACCGAGAUCGCCUUGCCCAAAAGGAGGGCGUCGACACUUUUCUGGAACUUUUGAGUGCAUACCGAAGGAGAGACCCCGAAAAAGACUCUGAUGAGGAAGAGUUCGCCGAAAAUCUAUUCGAUUGCCUGGCCUGUGUUGUCGAGGAGAGACUUGCAGGCGAAAAAUUCGUCGAAGGGGAAGGCGUCGAAUUGUGCCUCAUCAUGCUUCGAGAGGCUCGCUUGGCAAAGGCGAGGGCUUUGCGAGUCCUUGAUCAUGCAAUGAGCGGCGGCAACGCUGUGGCAGUUUCGGUGAGAUUGGUAGAAGCAGCCGGGCUCAAAACAAUCUUUGGCAUGCUCAUGAAAAGCCAGAAAAUGGAGAGGAGCUUGGUUGAACAUCUCAUUGGCAUACUGGCCAGCCUGCUAAGAUACCUCCCGGGGGGGUCCGCUGCGAGAAUACGGACUUUGGCCAAGUUUGUCGAGAACGAUUAUGAGAAGAUCUUGAGGCUGGUUGAUUUGCGGCGAGAGUACAAGGCGCGGCUCAGCAAAGUUGAGGCCGCUAUCCGAAGGGAGCGUGACCAGCUGAGUGACGCCGACGCCGAUGCACUGGCUGACGACUGGUUAUCGCGCCGCCUUGAUGCCGGACUGUUCUCCCUCCAAGCGAUUGAGCUCAUUCUCAGCUGGAUGGUGGCGGAGGACAACGGUGCAAGGCAGACGAUUACUGUCCUACUUGGUGAAGAUGGACUCAAGAUACUAGAACGGAGCCUGAGAGACCAACUUGAUGGAAUGGAUCCCGGCCAAAGCGAUGAGGCUAAAUCUACCGAAGAGAUGCUGGAAGCACUACUCUUGUGUGUCGAGCAAUAG